AUGACCGCAGCAGGGGUGCGCCGAGGCUUCCUAAAGAAGUACGGUGGCUUCAUGUUCAAGCAGUGGAAGGAGAAGUAUGUGGUGCUGACUGUAGAAGGGAGUCUGUUCGUGUGCAAAGACGCAGAUUCUCCUCCCGACCAGGUGGUGGUGCUACAGAAUGAGUGCCACUCCAUAGUGGAGGGCAAGGAGAUCUUGGAUCUGCCCCGUUUGCCCCCGGGAGGGCGCAGGGACUGCUGCUUCGCCCUUAUCCUGCCCCAGGACAAGUUCUUACUGCUGCUUUCAGACAACCCUGAUGACUGCAGUCAAUGGCUGAAAUUACUGAGGAAAGUCAAAGAGGGUGUGACUUCACCACUGACCCUGCAGCGACAGCAAAGCAUUGUCCCCUGUAUCACUGACAGAGACCCCCUGCCAGACACCCCCACUGAGAAAGAACCCCCCUCCCCCAACUUCAGCGACAAACCACUCAACUCCCCACGAACCCAAUCCAGAGAGAACUCGUUCAAAAGCAGAGGCAGCGUACGCCAGCGCCAAAGCCGCAGCCCUUCGGUGGUCCCGCCCCAUCGCUCCAAUGACUGCCUGCGCCAUGGCAACAGCAGUGACGCCCGGGCUGUCAGGGCGGUCUGCUUACUGAUGGGUGGAGCUGCCGCCUCAUCGGCGUUGGGAUACCUCAACUCCUGCUCGCCCUCCUCUGGCAUGGCUGCCCGGGCCCCCGAGAUCACUCACUCCACGGCUUUCUCAGAGCUCGGAGGGGGCACCUCAUACCACGCCUGCAGCCAGGCAGUCGACUCCCCUCAUUUCAACAGCUUCGACUUCGAGGGCGACUCCGACUUUGAUGCUUUUGAUUGCGGAGGAUUCGCGUUCUAAAAGCACAUAAUAUACACUGUGUGUUUUAUGUCAGUGCAGAAUGCAGAGGUGCUGCACCUGCAGCCAACAGGUGUAAAUGGAACGCAGUCAUUGCACUGGUUAUAUGCAGUUUAUGCAGUUUGAUUUAACCAGUUUUCCAGGGACAGUUCCUGUUUGAAGAACGUCCCAGCUUGAAGGAACUCCAGCAUUUUUUAACCAAAUCUCUAUAUCGCUGUUGACGGAAGAAAACCUUGUAUCUCCAAAAUGGUAACUUUACAGGAGAAGGACAAAACAUACUUUACUUUUAAUGUAAAUCAGUGGAACCAGAAUUUUUUCCAAGUCAUUUUGGAUCAUUUCCUUUAGUCCAUUCAUCAUGAGAUGUACAUACAAUGUAAAGGAUAACAGGCAUUUUCAUAUUAUGUAAAAACUGAAAAACAUCAAAAAUGGAGAUACAAGGUUUUCUUCCGACAGCAGCGAUAUGCUGCACUGUUAACGCACAGUCGAUUUGCAUUUACAACACUUUCGACAUGUUUCCCCUCGCUCAGAAAAGAACAGAAAACUUGACUUGAAACACUUACAACAGAAACAACUGGGCAGCUGCUAAAUUUGUAUAGAACAUGUUUAUGAUUUUUCCAUAUUUAUUUGGAUAUUUAUAACUUAAGUUGUACAUCUUGAUUUUUCUCUGCAAAAUUUUAGAGCACACUUUUUUAAUGUAUUGGCUGAAAAAAUAAAACAUUAAAUAUAAAAUGCACCAGAACUUUUUACAGUAUGUUAAAAGUAGUAAAUAAACAGUAGUCGUGCAUUAAAAUGUGCAGGAGUGUGUUCUCUGUAGAGGAUGUGUUCACUUACAUAAAACAUAGUAUUUGUAUGUAGGGGACUAGGGGUGCCAAAACUUUUGCAAACAACUGCAGUUUGUACUUUCAGAGAUGGGAUUAGUUUUCUAGAAGUAAGACUAUUUGUGGUAAUUCGCAACCAGUGUUUUCACAAGCUCGGUCUGAUCACUAUAGAUACCUACCAGAAAAACUGUAAAAGCAAAACAUUUGAGCUUUUGAAAAGUUUGAAAGUUUUCAAAAGUUGCAUAAAACUUCAUAACUUCAUAAAAGCAUCUUUGGUAAGACAUUAUGUCAGUGUUUUGCUUCCCAUCUGUGCUAUUAAAGUUGAAAAGUUAGUAAUGAAUUUAGCGACUGCCCAACAGGAUCUAUUAUAAGUGAAUUUUGAGUCGUUGGGUUUUCAGCUCACUGAACAGGAUCAAAAUCACUGGCUGUGUUUACAUGCAAAGAUUUUUGCCAAUCCGAUUAAAUUCAUUCCGAUUAUAGAUUAAGACUGAGGUGUUUAUUCUCACUCUGCUCAACAAUCUGAUGGAGAAUCUCUCUUUACAUGCUCACUAUAAGUAUUACAAGAGAACCGCUUAGUGUAGCUGUUACCAUGACAAGCAGCAUCAGUCCAGUCAGAGUGAGAUGAGCAGCAGUGAGCAGUGCUUGUGUUUUUAAUCACUUUAAAAUGAUGUCAGACUCAGGAAAACGUCCUUCACAUGUCCUUAUUAAAGAAGGCCGAGAGGAAGAUGUCAAUUCUGAUUGAGGUGUAUACAUGGGUGCAUUCUAUUCCGAUUGAGCUAUUAGUCGGAUUAUUAACGGAUUAAUAGGCUGCAUGUAAACGUGGCUAUUGUGAUACCUGACAGUGUGAAACAGAUGCAGUAGAUGCAGAUCAGGUUGAAAAACGCUGGUGGAUUCCUUUAAUGUACCCAGAUUGCUUUUUGAGUGAAUGAAGGAGCUGCCUGGCUAAAAAGUGAGGCUGCAUACAAAACAACACAUUACACUACACGGUAAAUACUACAUGUAUUAUUCUAAUGAAUUUAGUACAAAUGAUGGUGUAUUUUUUUUACUCUUUAGCAGUGGGGAGUCCUCAGGGCCUUCUAGGUCUUCAAAGAAGGCGUAAUGAUUUCUGGGAACUGAAAAAAUAUUAUUUUUUAUUUAAUAUAAUCCUCACGCUUAUUAUAUGUAAUCUUUUCAAGUGUUGUAGUAAUACACUUAUUUCAUUGUUAAGUUUUGGUUGGAAACUAAAUCUUGAAAUACCCAACAAAAAACAUCCAAUCAGGAUUGUUUGCUCUGUGGUAUCUAGGUAGAUACAGCAGAGCGAGCUCUCCCAUUGGUUAGGGCUUCAGGAGCUGGACUAAAGGCCUUACACGUUACCAACAUAAUUAGAAAUCUGGUAAGGAAGAUGUCCUUCUUGAAGUUCCAGAAAUAUCAGUGACUGUGAAUACGAGUCGUAGUCUAAGCAGUGUUCCAGUUAGUUGUUAGGAAUGUAAAACAGUGGUGGCAGCUCUAUGCAGAACUCUUCACUGAGAGAGUCACUGUGAAACUAGUACAUACAAGCUCAGAUACACGUUAAUGUCUGUUACAGCUUUAAAUAAAACAUACAGAAUGUCUUUUACUUUCAGUCAAGGCCAAAAAAUGUUCAUGUCCAUCAGUGUUAGCCUACUGCCAACAUACUAUUGGAAACCUAAUAGAGGCACUAGCAGAAAUUAACAUUUUGUGAAAAUGUUUAUUCCUCAUUUUUUGACCAGGUUUUACCAUUUACUGCCCAAACUGAAGGCCCAGCUCUAACAGGCAGGGAUCAACACUGCUGUUUAGUGUGGUAGUAUGCAGCUUUUGACACAGCCAAAGUGAGCAAGUGCUGUUUUAAUUUGUUCACUGUUUCAGCCUGCCUGCCUCAUGAUGCUAAAGACUGUCAUUUAACAGCAAACUCCAAUUUAAAGUAUGCAAUCUGGUCAGUAUCAUGCAGUGAAUGAAAAAGAAUAAUGGAUGAUUUAAUGAAUAUUGUUUGUAUGUAGUAACAUCACAUCUAAACCCCAUUUUUUCAAAUUUUCUCCAUAAUUUAGUAGUUGAAAUGUAAACAGAGUGAUUCAGAGUGUUUUGGUGUGAAAUGAUUCAGAUGUCUUUACAGUGGUGGUGAUAGGAACCAGGGGUCGCCAUGACUACAACACAAAAAUAGACAUUUUAUUUACUAACCAAAACCACCAGUGAACCUACACGAGUCUUCUGAGUUUAUAUGGAAUGUUAAUGAUGGUAAAAUCUGAAAUAAAUAAGAUUUCUUUAGGGGCUAUUUUGCCUCACAACGCCCUGCAUGUAUCCCUCCACCAUGAAUGGAUUUUAAGGCCAAAAAGGGAGCUUUUAGAGGUGGAUGUCUGGUUUCUAUCGCCACCACUGUGAACAAUUCUGACCCUCUCAUUUCUUUUAACCAAUUAAAUUAUGCAGAAUUUUUUAAAAAUCUGUGGACCUUCCCUUUAAGACAUUCAGAUGAGAAGUUUUCUUAUUGAAAAUAUGUCAAUAUCUAUACUAUAUUAUUGUUAUUGUUCCUGGUUCCUGAGCCUUUUAUUUUCAAAGCUAAAAAUGUCUGAUAGCUGUCAUUAAUUUUUAGUAGAAAGUUAUUUCAUUUAUUUUUAUUUUAGUUCAUUUGAUUUAUUGGUUCAUUUAUUUAUGUUUCUUAUUCUAAUCCUCUGGACACAUUUCCAGGACUAUUCAAAUCAAUGGCCUACAUUCACAGCGCAGUAUUUUUGUUGUGACUGUAAAGCGCAUUAUGGCCGCUGGUUCUCUGUUCUGACUGCAGAGAUGAUAAUCUGCUGACCCUCUCCUCUGUGCUGUUAUAUUGUGAUGACUGUGCAGUUGUCAGAAGGUUGUUGACCGAUCAGAUGAUGUUGAAACCUUUUCUCUUGCUGUCUUCUGUGUUUUUUUCUGCUGUGAAAAAGACUUUUCUACUGAACUCCUAAAGCACUGAAUGAAAUGUAUUUUCUGGAAUCUUCUGUGCUUCCUUUAUACUCGUUAUCUUGUCCUAAUGUGCCCCCUCGUUUCUCCUGCUCAUGACGUUCUGACCUGCUUUUCUAAGGCCCUGUUUUAAACUCUGUCCUGCUGUUGUGUAUGGAUCUGUGUAUAUGUGAGUGAGCACAGAGGUGAGCGAGCAGUGCAGUGAAAUAAAGGCUGACACUUCA